GCCGCUCCUGCGGACCGGUUUCGCCUCGGAGAGCCGGCAGGUCUCGGCGCUGCAGCCGCGGUGCUCGCCUAGCUGCUUCCCGGGGAUCGCAGCGGGCUCAGGUUUGCCUUAGGUCCGGUCAGUGCCAUGAUCCGCCAGGAGCUCUCCACAUCCUACCAAGAGCUGAGUGAGGAGCUGGAUCAGGUGGUUGAGAACUCAGAGCAGGCGGACGAGCGGGAAAAGGAGGCGGUCAAAGUCCAGGGUCCAGGGAUCUUACCAGCCCUGGACAGCGAGUCCGCCUGCAGCAGCAUCCGCUUUAGCAAGGCCUGCCUGAAGAACGUCUUCUCCGUGCUGCUCAUCUUCAUCUACCUGCUGCUCAUGGCCGUGGCCGUCUUCCUGGUCUACCAGACCAUCACGGACUUUCGUGAGAAACUCAAGCACCCUGUCAUGUCGGUGUCUUACAAGGAGGUGGAUCGCUACGACGCCCCAGGCAUUGCCCUGUACCCCGGUCAGGCCCAGCUGCUCAGCUGUAAGCACCAUUAUGAGGUCAUUCCACCUCUGAAGAGCCCCGGCCAGCCAGGAGACAUGAACUGCACCACCCAGACGAUCAACUACACGGACCCCUUCUCCAAUCAGACCCUGAAAUCCGCCCUGAUUGUGCAGGGGCCCCGGGAGGUGAAGAAGCGGGAGCUGGUCUUCCUCCAGUUCCGCCUGAACCAGAGCAGCGAGGACUUCAGCGCCAUCGAUUACCUCCUCUUCUCUUCUUUCCAGGAGUUCCUGCAAAGCCCAGACAGGGUAGGCUUCAUGCAGGCCUGCGAGAGCGCCUAUUCCGGCUGGAAGUUCUCGGGCGGCUUCCGCACCUGGGUCAAGAUGUCCCUGGUGAAGACCGAGGAGGAGGACGGGCGGGAGGCGGUGGAGUUCCGGCAGGAGACCAGCGUGGUUAACUACAUUGACCAGAGGCCAGCGGCCGAAAAAAGUGCUCAGUUGUUUUUUGUGGUCUUUGAAUGGAAAGAUCCUUUCAUCCAGAAAGUCCAAGAUAUAAUCACCGCCAAUCCUUGGAACACAAUCGCUCUUCUCUGUGGGGCCUUCUUGGCAUUAUUUAAAGCUGCAGAAUUUGCCAAACUGAGUGUGAAGUGGAUGAUCAAAAUUAGGAAGAGGUACCUUAAAAAAAGAGGUCAGGUAAUGAACCACAUAAGCUGAAGUCGCUUGCGUUGUUUGAAGGACUGCCCGAGUUCAUGGAAGUUCUCAUCACUUCUGCUUUGGUAAACCUAGCUGCCAGCAAUCCUGUCCUCACUUGAAGAAACGAGCCUUGCUGGGGGCCUGCCUGUCACACUGCAGCUUCUAACUGGUCCUCAGAGAGACUGUCUAGAGCCCAAUGGAACAGAUCCAGUGGAUGACCUUAACUGUUAUUUAAGUAUUUAAAUUAUUAAUGAACAUUUUUUGACAUAUGACAUGAAUAGGGUGUGUGGAGGAUGGAAUUAGAUAUAAUCCAGUUUCCUGAAGGUUUUUGGAAGCUGCCUUCCUUCUCGGUUUGGUGUAUAGUUAAGGUCUAACAGGAUGAUUAAGGCUCUGACCUUAGGUUUUUUUCUUGAGAUUUUUUUAAAUGGACAGGAGAGUGUGAUUUUCUUCUCCCCCACCAGUGACUUCUUUGGGUGGGGAGGUCAUGCCGUGGAACCGGUGUACCGUGUGUGAGGAAUGCAAAACCCCUCACGUCUCUGGUGCCGUCUGCCAGCCCCUGACACCCUCUCUUGUUUAAUAUUAAAUGAGACUUUUUUUUAAAGCUACUAGAAAAACUAGUAAUUAGAUCUCUUGUGGACUGACUAGCCACCUACCUGUCUGGCUAGAAUGUUGGUUGAUGCAGGUGUGAGUUCGGACUGAUUAACAUACAAAAACACUAGGACAUGUGUACAUAGUAGGUGCCUACUCAGUGUAUUUUGAUGAUUUCAUUAAUAGGUGAAUGAAAGUUAGGUUAAUACAAGAGGAAUCAGUGUGCCAGUAUGCAAAGCUGCUGAAUCAAUAGGCACCAGUACGCUUUCAUUCCGUGACCUCCAAAUAAAAGGGAGCGUGAGCCUGGACUCCCACGAUGGACGGGUCUGGACGCCCGAGGUACAUCAUGACCACGUCCAGGGAAGGGCAAGGUGGGCAGGCGAUAGAUGGCAGGUGGUCAGGAAGUGACAAUAAAGCCCCAUGAAUAAGCUGUGUUAGCUCUUCCUGUCCUACAAACCCCCCACCCAUCUGAGAAAGGGGCCCUCAGGAUGACCCUCAGAGCUUUCAGCCCAGCCUGUGACAGAGAUGAGUAACCUCUGGGUAUUUUUCACACGGUAGCCAUUGGCUGAUUUAAGGUUAUGAAGAUUAUUUCCAGAGUUUUAAAUUAUUUACAUGCCCUUUGCCUCCAAAGAGGACUUGGCAGCAUUUCUUCAAUUUUGUAACCCGGUUUUAGAUAAUUCAAAGAGAACAACUCAAGUGUAUGAGUGGGGCAAUUUUAAUCUCAUAUCUAGUUAGCAGCAAGAAACUGUGGUUUUGGGUUGAAUUAUUAAAAGUGAACUUGUGUAAGGAAAUAUUCCCUGCUAUUUUUCUAUGGCACAGAAGCAGGUACAAACUUUAGCCUAGGUCCUGUCUCUAUAAAAUCUUAUUGUAAGGCAAAUGCAAAGCCAGGCAUUAAAGCUUACGUUAACAGCACUGAAAAACAGGUAUGUGUAUUUUUAAAUUCUCUCUAAAGAUGACACACCACUUUAAUAUUAAAUAGCUAACAAAAUUUGCUCCAAUGAACAUAUUAAAACUGUACUUCCUGUACUGUAGAAAGUUGAGAGACCUCUUGAACGUGCUUUCAAGUAAGCAGCUAAUUAAUUAGGAAGUGGGCAUUUCUAGCUCUCUCUUCCACAACAGCUGUUAGCUGCAGCCUGCCAGAAUCUACUCUGAAUGUAUGCCUAGACCGUCCACAAAAUAGACAUUUAGACCCAACCGUCUCUUCUGGGGAGGCUGGGGCUUGCCUUUUGCUGUGUUCUGUAGCAGGGUCACCCUUUCCUUCUCCGUGUGCUGCCCCCCGUUGUCAGUGAUCCCGGCCGGCCUUAGGUGAGUGUACAGCAUCUGGCAAGAGCACUGGGCCUGGACGGCUGAGGUGGCGGCCAUUUGAGAGCAUCGUAAGAUAGGAGCCACGUCCCGAAAGGAAGAGGAGUUUCUCCUGGUCUCACGGCGAGCAGAACGAGGUGCUUUCACGGUGACCUAGGAAUAGUGUGCUAGAGUUGUUUUUCGUGGAUGUGAAAGAGUAGAAGCAGACACCAGUAGUUGAAAACUUUGUAACGAUCUCCCUGCCCCCAUAAAAAACACUGCUGUUAUUACUUAUUAUAGAUUUUGAGAUUUAUCCUCCUAGGUCUAUUUCAUUUUAUUAUUUUAUUUUGGCCGCAGCAUGUGGAUCUUAGUUCCCUGACCAGGGA